CCACAAUCAUUCCGUUACAUUUUGGGAACAUAGCCUAAUAUUCGUUUACAGUACAUUGGAGGUUAGCUCACGACAAUGUGUACUUUGCAUGCUAAAUCUUUUUCAAUUCAUAUCCACGGGUUUAUAUAAUACAAAUAUGAAGUGGAAGCAAACGAAAAAGGCAAAAAUAAAAGCCCGUAAAGUCCGCACAAAACAGACCAAAGCGGAACUGCCUCAGUAUAAGAGAACGAAUAAGGUUAUUCGAGUGAAACGAAAGUCUAACCCUUCAACGAUGGAUUCACUUUGUCUGAAAUCAAAAACUGGUCAAUGCACAUCAUUCAAUGCAAGUUCUUUGCAAAAUGAACAGUUAGACUCUAAACAUAAUGUCAAGCAAAGAAAGAAAAAAUCAUAUACUACUGCUAAGGGAUCUAGUCGUAACCUGCCAAAUUCUGUGGAUGUUUCCCUAGAGUCAAAAGAUGGCUCUACAAGUGCCAAGAUAACCAGUGGUAAAAACACUAAGCAGCAUCGUCGUAUUUCAAAUCAACAAAGAAACUUGGGUUCACCUGUAAUAAUCGAAGCCCUAUCAAAAACGCUAUCGUCACUGAGGAUACCAGAUAUGCUUAGACAAAGUCCAAAAUUAAAGCGUACAGAUAAUGCUUCUGAUUGUAUUCUACCAUACACACAGAACAACAGUUCUAAAAUGGAUGAUGCUUGUAUUAUCGUUGCUGAAUCGGUAAAUCCAAACAAUACCUCUUGUACACCAGGAAAUAUUAGGAUAGCGACGCCGUUGAAGAAGAAUCGUAAACCACGAAAAGAUAAAACACCGUUAAGGACCACGAAUAACAAUGAGAAUGGCAGCACAUGGGUUCCUAGCGAAUCACCUACUACAAUUGAGCAAUGCCUUGAAAAUGUUACACUUGAUACGCAUACUACAGACGUUACUAUACCUGAUACGGAAACUGAAAUUUCUAAUUUCCAACGAAACAGUACCGUAGAUGAUCAGAAUUCGUUACGAUUUUAUUGUUUAAGAAAUAAGGUUGUGGUCGUAAUGCCGGAAAAAACACGAUUCUGUUUCACUGGUAAAAUACUGUUGAAGGUAAUACACGGGGCGGUAGAGGUUUAUGGAUACCGUAUUUCCACAAACACAAAACCCAUCGAAAUCUACUCUCCAAGAGGAUAUAGUAGCGUCUCGAUCGAAACUAGUACCAAAUUUUCACAAGACACCGAGCCAGACAUUUGGGCGUCUCUAUCCGUCGAAGGUAUAAGCCGAGAUUUUGAGAAUAAACUGGUCGUUGACAUCGACGGAAUCCAAGACGGUACGGCAGUCAUACUCUUGACAGAUUUUAAAAACAAUUUAACGAAGUUUUUAGACAUCUAUUAUCCGUUCAGACUGUUUCCAAAAAUAAAGAACGUACCAUAUCAGUCUUCGACCGAUCCAAAGAGAGCGGAGGCGAUUCUCCAGUCGCACCUUCACGUCGGUAAUUAUUCUUACAAACAGUUGGUCGUGGAUGAACGGGUGACAAAAGAAAUCAGCGAAACAAUGUUGAACCGUUGGCACGCGAACGAAUGGUCGUGCACUAUAAUCGCCGGUGGAAAAAAUGUUGGGAAAUCCACUGCGACGCGUUGCUUGAUAAACAGUCUAUUGCCUGUUAGUAAGAAAGUCGUCCUUGUGGAUGUUGAUCCUGGCCAAACUGAAUGCACACCAGCUGGUUGCAUAUCGUACAGUUUAAUAGAGGAGCCCUUGAUGGGACCAAACUUUACGCAUUUAAAGCCUCCGGUUUUCCAAUUGUACAUCGGUGACGUGAACGUGACACGGUGCAUCACGCGAUACAUAGAGGGAAUUAAAAUGCUGGUCGAUAAAUUGAUCAACUGUCCGACCUUGUCACGUUUACCAAUCGUGGUGAACACUAUGGGAUUCACUAAUGGCAUUGGAUGGGAUAUCGCGGUGUUUACUAUAAAAUUGAUUCAACCUUCUCUGGUGGUACAAAUUAUGUCCGAGAAGUCCAAGAACAACUACCCUGAAUACUUGAGCAAAGAAGUAAUAAACAAACAGGAGCCUACAUGGGCCGCGUGGAGUGUGAACGUUGUCAACAGGUGUCGACCAUGUAAUCACGAAUUAUGCGUGACACAUUCACACGCUGAACGGAAAAGCGCUCCCGCGAACGAAACUUGGAAUAUGGAGCCGUAUCAGCAACGAGAGCUCGUCUUGAUCUCUUAUCUCAGCGAGAUCGUGCAGAAUCCUGAAAAUUCUACCUCUUGUUACGACGCCUUAUCGUUCAGCAUGAACGACGCUGUGCCGUAUGUAACGUCCUGUGCCUCGUUAACUAUUUCGAUUCCUCGAGCAUCUGUAUCGCCAUCGCAUGGUUUAAAUGUGCUGAAUGGUAACAUAGUUGCUUUGUGUGGAAUCGACGUGGAAGACGCAGCAUCGAACAAAACUAAUACCGCCUAUGGUCCUCGAGUAUUGAACAGAUUGCCACUUUGUUCUUGUUACGGUUUCGGAAUUGUCCGGGCAGUUGACGCCGAACAAGAAGAAAUAUACAUAAAUACACCGUUAUCGGCAUCCAUGAUGCAACAUGUAAAUUGUUUGGUGGGAUGCAUACCGGUGCCUGUGACGUUGUUGCAAUUGAACCAACAGAGAAACGUACCUUACACUGGUGGCAGCGACGUUUUGCCAACGAGCCGGGAACAUCGUAGAGGAUACUUCCGUACGAGAUACCAAAAAACGCAAGCUAACAAUUCGUAACGACACCUCGAAACACUUCGUAUCGCUGGGAGCAGAGUUGUACAUACCAACAACACUUGUUUCUAUUUCUCAAGAAUAAACGUUUUUAAUGACA